ACCGUCUGUGGCAGUUGUUUGCGCGUCUCCGGUAUCAUGUGUUCAGUGACCUUCUUGUAGUUGUUUUUCCUGACUGUUUUCACGAUGAUAAACGCCUUCAUGGACACGAGCCACCACCACUUGGCUUCCUAUGGCCUGAAGAUGAGUCCGGGCCACCAGGCCCAGGCGCCGGCGGCGGCCAUGCCCGCCCCCGACCAGAACCACCACUUCCAGAACUACGGCCACAUGGGUCACAUGGGGGGAUACGCCGCACGGGAUUUCCUGCUGCGGAGGGAGGACUUCCCGCCGCAGACGGCGCCCAGUGAGCCGGUGCUCUUCCACCACCACGGCGACGUGCCUCAGCACCACCUGCCGCACCACCACCAGAUGCUCUACUCGCGCCCCGACGCUUACCACCAACCCCAGCACCAGUACCUCAACCCCAUGGGGGUGCCCGCGCACCACUCGCACGGGGCCUUCUUCAGGUACAUGCGCCAGCCCAUCAAGCAGGAGAUGCAGUGUCUGUGGGUCGACCCCGAGCAGCCGCCCCCGAGGAAAAUCUGCGCCAAGCACUUCACCAGCAUGCACGAGAUUGUCACCCAUCUCACGGUGGAGCACGUCGGAGGACCCGAAUGCACCACGCAUGCCUGCUUCUGGCAGAACUGUUCCAGGAAUGGAAGGCCCUUCAAAGCCAAAUAUAAAUUAGUCAAUCAUAUAAGGGUGCACACGGGGGAGAAGCCCUUCCCGUGUCCGUUUCCAGGCUGUGGCAAGGUUUUCGCGAGGAGCGAGAACUUGAAGAUACACAAGAGGACGCAUACAGGCGAGAAGCCGUUCAAAUGCGAGUACGAAGGGUGCGACCGACGCUUCGCCAACUCCUCGGACAGGAAAAAGCACUCGCAUGUCCACACCUCCGACAAGCCGUACAACUGCCGCGUCUCCGGCUGCGAUAAAUCCUACACCCACCCCUCGUCGCUCCGCAAGCACAUGAAAGUCCACGGCUGCUCGGGGCGCUCGCCCCCGCACUACGACAGCGACGGAGAGGAGUCCAACUCGUCGUCGGCGGGCAGCAUCUCGGUGGCGGCGAGUCCGCAAGUCUCCGGCCCUCAAGUACCUGGCAACACGCUGAGUGAGUGGUAUGUGGCGUGCCAGCCGCCGCCCCCAGUCACGCCGGACCCUCUCGGGGGGCUGGGGCACUUCGGGAAUUUGCACCACAGUGGCGCCGCCACCGCCUAUUAGUGAUCGUUGUUGACUUUGUACAUAGGAGGCUUCUAAGAGGGCAAUUGACUAAAAACAUUUCCGGUGGUUUGGAUAUUCGGCGCAUUUAUGUGCCAGGAAGCCCGGUUAUAAAUAUUUUGUAUUUUUGACUGUGAAUAUUUAAUUUAAUUAUUUAAUGUUUUAAAUGGUUCCCGUGCAAUUAUUGAUAUACAGUUGCUAAUUUUUCUUUGUAUCACAAGUUCCAACUUAAUGAAUAAGUUUUUAUGAUAAUGCGUAUUUGUAUAUUUGUAUAAAAUUUUAUUAUUGAUAUUUAAUUGUAGGACCACAAUUGUAUAAAGAAAAAUUAUUGUAAAUAUAUCUUAUCAGGGAUCUCUGUAUAUCUAAAGUUUAUUAUAACUUGAAUUUAUUGAAAAUAAAUCUGACUGAUGAUGUA